GCGGUGUCCGGCGGGUACGCGCCGCCCCGUGUGGGUCCCGCCGGGGGAGGGUUUUCCCGGGGCUGGCGGCUGGUUUCACCCCCCCGUGUCUCUUCCCAGCCCCCCAAGGACGACAAGAAGAAGAAGGACGCGGGCAAGUCCGCGAAGAAGGACAAGGACCCCGUGAACAAAUCCGGGGGCAAAGCGAAGAAGAAGAAGUGGUCCAAGGGGAAAGUAAGAGACAAGCUGAACAACCUUGUUUUGUUUGACAAGGCUACUUAUGAUAAACUGUGCAAAGAAGUGCCCAACUACAAACUUAUUACGCCUGCUGUAGUCUCUGAAAGGUUGAAGAUUCGAGGUUCCUUAGCAAGGGCUGCCCUCCAAGAACUGCUCAGCAAAGGUUUAAUCAAACUUGUGUCCAAGCAUCGAGCCCAAGUGAUUUACACCAGAAACACCAAGGGUGGGGAUGCACCUGCUGGUGGGGAAGAUGCAUAGAAAGGUUCUCCAGUCACCUCUGCCAUAUUUCAUAUGCAAAUGUAUACAAUAAAGUCGUUGAAUUAAAGAAAAA